GGGUGGGCCGUGCCGAGCGAGGGCAGGUGGCUGUGUGGGGGAGGCCCGGCCCGGCCUGGCCCGGGGUGGGGUGGCGUGGCUGUGCGUCACAGGCUGCCUGUCGCCGGCACUCUGGGUGGGGAGUGUGUGAGUGUGUGUGGGGGGAAAAGUGCCACAUUCGUUUCGUAAGUAAAAGCGAAUUUGCGCCCAAGUGUAUUGGUCGGCACCGAAUAUUCGGAAAGAGGUCAAUGUUUGGGCACAGACUGACCGGAGGAGAGGAGACAGACACACACACAGACACACACAGACACGGGCGGCUCGGGCGGGGCUGGAGCCGGGGGGGGCCUUGUGGGGGACCGCGGCCUACACACACAGGCGGCAGAAAAUGGAGGGACAGUGAGAGCGAGUGAGAGAGAGAGAGAGAGAGAGAGACACACGGCCCUGAGGAAGGCAACUCCUCCACAACCCGACAGCUCCCUCGCGUGAGGACUGGCCUCGCGCUGCUCUGCUCUGCGCUGCUCUGCUCCAGUCGGGGCAGCUGAGGGGAGGCCCGGGAUGAGCAAAGAAGGUGGAUUUCGAAAACGAAAGCAUGAGAACAUGCAGUCACGUAACCGAAAGGAAGAAAAUGAAAAUAAAGUAAACUCAUCUUCACCGGUGCUAUUGUCAUUCAAGUCAUUUCAAAAUGAGCUUGAUGCAAGGCAUGACAAGCACGAGAGGCUGGUGAAGCUCAGUCGUGAUGUAACCAUUGAGAGUAAACGGACUAUUUUUCUUCUGCAAAGAGUAACCAGUGUUCCUGAAGUAGAAGAUCUAUUGAAUGAAUCUGAGAGCAAAUUUGAGGUUAUCAGACAAAAAAUCAAGCAAAUUGCCCAGGAAUUGGUGGGUGAAGAUAUGCACCAGUUUCACCGAGCAUUUUCUCCAGGAAUCCAAGAAUAUGUGGAAGCCGUUUCAUUCCAGCAUUUUAUUAGGAGCAGAUCUUUGAUUAGCCUUGAAGAAAUUAAUAAGUGUUUAGUUUUUACUCCAAAGAAAGAGGAACAACCUGGGGACUCUGAGUGUUCAACUUUAUCCAAUUCAGAGGCCGAGAACCAAAACCAACAGGUGCUGUGUCUGCAGGUGACUCCCACAGACUACCUCUUAGGGAUUGCUGAUCUGACUGGUGAAUUGAUGAGGAUGUGUAUUAGUAGUGUAGGUAAUGGAGACGUUGAAACCCCCUUUGAGGUGAGCCAGUUCCUCCGUGAUGUCUACUAUGGGUUUACUUACAUUGGCAACACUGGACCAUAUGAAGUCUCCAAGAAACUUUACACGUUGAAACAAAGCCUGGCAAAAGUUGAAGAUGCCUGCUACACACUAACUGUGAGGGGCUCUGAAAUCCCUAAGCACAUGCUCGCUGAUGUGCUCAGCUCGAAAACGACCAUGAUCCAACCAGAGGAAGCCAUGUAGAGGCUUUUGCUGAAAAGGAUUGUUGUAUCAAAAGAAAGUUUAUUGGUGUAUUUGAUGGAAUCAAAUGACCCACCUACAUAAGGCAGUCACUUGUUUUAAUAUUUCUGUAAUUUCAGUCCUGUUAAGUUGUAGAUCAGCAGAGUUCAUUCCCUUUACGUGGUCCUGCAUCUGCUCUACGCACCUUGGCUGUCAUUACAGCACAGGGUUUGUAGGAUUGUUAUGGGUUGGCUGGGUGUCUGACACAUGCAGAAACCCAUCGCCGUGUGGUAUUAUUUUUGCCUUGAGACUAUUUGUAUUUUAAAACCAAAUGAUUUACUACUCAAACUACAAAUAGAAUCUUUUCUGUUUUUUUGCUGUGUAGAUUCUGAACGUACAUACCGACAAAAAUGUAGCCCUGUUGCACACAAAUACAGAAAUUCUCAGUUACCGCAUGACUUCACUGAAUUUGUGACAGUCAACUUCCAAAUUCUGAUUCUAGCUACUGACUGAGCUAUUUAAAAUGCUGCAGUGCUUCUGUUCAUUAGGCUUUUUGAGGCAGAGGGUGGGAAAAGGAAUUAUAAAUAGAAGUUUCCAUCUUACUAUGGAAGUCAAUAUUCUCAUUGGAAAAAGGGUCCAUUGUUGUGUAUCAAACCAAUUGAUUUAUUUCAGACUUGAGUUUUUUAAAAACUGUACAGAUUUGUUACAUACAGUUUCCACAUCAUAAUCUAAUUACAAUUUACCAGGAUGAUUAGUUAUUUAGGGCUGUUUUAUUGCUAUGUAUGCAUUCUGAAGCAUGUCUGAUACACAUUGAGCAUCUUAUAGGAUGUGAAAUUACAGGAUAUAAAAUGGCUUUUCUGAGGUUUGUAAGCUUUUUGAGCUGAAUCUACAACAAUCUAGUUUGGAUUGAAUGUGGUUGGAGUUAAAGAACAUGUUUGUUUAUCCAAAAAAUAAAAUAUGUACUGCUUAAAA